AAGGGAACUUCAUAUAUUUCUUCGUUUACUCAUGGUGAAAAAUUUCUCCGAUCGAGUGUCGGAUAGGAAGGGAGAGAAAAUGAUGUUGAACGGAGCAGAAGACGAGGACAAAUGGCUGGCGGAAGGGAUCGCCGGCAUCCAACAGAACGCCUUCUACAUGCAUCGCGCUUUGGAUUCGAAUAAUCUCAGAGAAGUUCUCAAGUACUCAGCUCAGAUGCUAUCGGAGCUACGAACUUCGAAACUUUCUCCUCACAAAUACUACGAACUCUAUAUGCGAGCCUUUGAUGAAUUGAGGAAGCUGGAGAUGUUCUUCAAAGACGAAAGCAAGCACGGAGUAUCAGUCGUGGAUCUCUAUGAGCUCGUUCAGCAUGCUGGCAACAUUUUGCCUCGACUGUAUCUCCUAUGUACAGUAGGGUCUGUGUACAUCAAAUCUAAGGAGGCUCCUGCCAAGGAUGUUCUUAAAGACCUUGUAGAAAUGUGUCGUGGUGUACAGCAUCCCAUACGUGGACUCUUUUUACGUAGUUACCUUGCUCAAAUCAGUCGAGACAAGUUACCUGAUAUUGGUUCGGAGUAUGAAGGAGGUGCUGACACCGUAAUGGAUGCUGUAGAAUUUGUGUUGCAAAAUUUCACUGAGAUGAAUAAACUUUGGGUGCGACUGCAGAAUCAGGGACUGGGUAAACUUAGAGAGAAGCGGGAAAAGGAACGCAGUGAACUUCGAGAUCUUGUAGGGAAAAAUCUCCAUGUUCUCGGUCAGAUAGAGGGGAUAGAUCUUCAGAUGUACAAAGACACUGUUCUUCCUAGGGUCUUGGAGCAGGUUGUGAACUGCAAAGAUGAACUUGCUCAGUAUUAUCUGAUGGAUUGUAUAAUUCAGGUGUUUCCUGAUGAGUACCACUUGCAGACUCUUGAGAUUUUAUUGGGUGCAUUCCCUCAGCUUCAGCCAACAGUUGAUAUCAAGACUGUGUUAUCUCAACUAAUGGAGAGACUGUCAAAUUAUGCUGCUUCAAAUCCAGAAGUUUUGCCUGAAUUUUUGCAAGUUGAAGCCUUUGCCAAACUGAGCAGUGCUAUUGGGAAGGUGAUUGAAGCACAAGUUGACAUGCCUAUUGUUGGAGCAAUAACUUUGUAUGUCUCCCUUCUUACCUUUACUCUUCGUGUUCAUCCUGAUCGGCUUGAUUAUGUUGAUCAAGUAUUGGGAGCAUGUGUUAAGAAGCUUUCCAGUGGACAAAAGCUUGAAGAUAGUCGGGCAACAAAACAAGUGGUUGCUCUUCUGAGUGCUCCAUUGGAGAAAUACAGUGAUAUUGUAUCGGCCUUGACACUUUCAAAUUAUCCACGUGUCAUGGACCACCUUGAUAAUGGAACAAACAAAGUUAUGGCUAUGGUUAUUAUUCAAAGCAUUAUGAAAAACAACACAUGCAUUUCAACUGCUGAUAAGGUUGAGGUGUUGUUUGAAUUAAUAAAAGGGCUCAUAAAGGAUCUGGACGGAACUGGUGUGGAUGAGCUUGAUGAGGAGGAUUUCAAGGAAGAACAAAAUUCUGUUGCUCGCCUCAUACACAUGCUUUAUAAUGAUGAACCACAGGAAAUGUUGAAGAUUAUCUGUACUGUGAGGAAGCAUAUUAUGGCUGGAGGAGUGAAACGCCUACCUUUUACCAUUCCUCCUCUUGUUUUCUCUGCACUUAGGUUGGUGAGACAUUUGCAGGGUCAGGAUGGAGAAAUAGUUGGGGAAGAGGUGCCUGCAACACCGAAGAAAAUUUUUCAGCUUCUAAAUCAGACCAUUGAGGCUCUUCCAUCUGUUCCAUCUCCUGAACUGGCUUUGAGGUUAUACCUGCAAUGUGCUGAGGCUGCUAAUGACUGUGACCUUGAGCAUGCUGCAUAUGAGUUUUUCACUCAAGCAUUUAUAUUAUAUGAAGAAGAAAUUGCGGACUCUAAAGCCCAGGUGACUGCUAUCCAUCUUAUAAUUGGAAGUCUCCAGAGAAUGAAUGUAUUUGGCAUUGAGAACAGGGACACUUUGACACACAAGGCUACAGGGUAUUCAGCAAGACUUUUAAAGAAGCCUGAUCAGUGCAGAGCUGUCUACGCAUGUUCACAUCUUUUUUGGGUUGAUGAUCAGGAUGGCAUUAAGGAUGGGGAAAGGGUCCUACUUUGUCUAAAGCGUGCAUUAAGGAUUGCAAAUGCUGCUCAACAAAUGGCCAAUGUUGCACGGGGUAGCAGUGGGCCAGUCACACUCUUUGUUGAGAUACUGAACAAGUACCUCUAUUUUUUUGAGAAAGGAAAUCAACAGAUAACGAGUUCUGCAAUCCAAGGCCUCGUAGAAUUAAUCAAUACUGAGAUGCAAAGCGAUUCCACCACCCAAAAUCCUACUUCAGAUGCUUUCUUUGCUAGCACAUUGCGUUACAUUCAGUUCCAGAAACAGAAAGGCGGCUUGAUUGGUGAGAAAUACGAAUCUAUAAAGGUGUGAUUGAUAAAUAUAAUCUGAAAUGCUUGAGUUAGUACAUCUUUAGAUAUACAGAGUAGAAAAAAUCUUUUUGGGUCGGGGUUGUGGGGCCUAUAUUUUUGCGUUAAUAUGCCUCCAACAUGUUAGGUCCUUUGCAUUGUUCUGGAGGUCUAGAGAAAGCUAUUUUCUUUCAUGUUAUUUGAUGUUUUGGUUAUUGCAUACUUGGGUGAGCGAUUGAUGAAAGGAAAAAGGUGUCAGGGGAUUGAUGGUAUAGUUUUUUUUUUUUUUAUUUGGGAACUAAGCUCUGUUUCUCUCUCUCUCUCUCUCUCUGUCUCUCUCUUUUUCCCCCAAAUGCUAGUGAUUUACAAUAUUCAUUCCUAAGAAUUAGAGUACAGGCAUUUCCUAAUUAUUGCGAUUUUUUUUUCUUUUUAUGGUUAUCUUUGGUGUCUCAAACCAAUUUAUCCACAUUUCUCAUAUAAUAAGAUGUUAAUGUACUG